UUUCGGUUCAUUCGGUUCAACCAGCGUGUGUUCAGUUCAGUCGCCCUCGCCGCCAAGAUGUUCGCAAAGGUAUUCGUCCUGCUGGCCGCCGUCGCCGUCGGAGUGAACUCGGUCGCCAUCGGUGUGGCCGCCCCGGCUACCCUCGUCAAGACCGAGGAGUACGAUGCCCAUCCGCAGUACAGCUUCAGCUACGACGUCCAGGACUCGCUGACCGGUGACAACAAGCAGCAGCACGAGACGCGCGACGGAGACGUUGUGCAGGGUCAGUACUCGCUGGUGGAGCCGGACGGUACUCGGCGCACGGUCGACUACACCGCCGAUCCGGUCAACGGAUUCAACGCCGUCGUGAGCAAGACCGCCGAUGCCGGCGUGGUGAAGACGGUCGCUGCCGCCCCGGCUCUGGCCGUGGCCCAUGCCCCGCUCGCCUACCAUGCCCCGGCCGCCGCCGUCGCUUACCACCACGCACCGGCCGUCGCCGUGGCCCAUGCUCCAGUCGCCUACCAUGCCCCGGCCGCCUACCACGCCCCGGCUGCCUAUGUUUCUCACGCCCCGGCCGCCUACGUGUCGCACGCCCCGGCCGCCUACGUGUCGCAUGCCCCGGCCGCCUACGUAUCGCACGCCCCGGUGCUGUCGCACGCCGUGUACCACCACUAA